AUGGCAUCAAACACCUCAACUAUUCGUGCUUUGCUGGUCGGCGUUGAUGACUACAAGACAAAGAACUACAAAGACAACCUUCAUGGCUGCGUUAGGGACAUUGAUAUGACCCAGAAGGCCCUCGAAGACUACAUCCGCGUGCCCUCUGCCAAUAUUACGAAGUUGAUCUCGCCUCUCCCGGAAUGGACUGCACCCAAGCUUGACCCCGAUACUCUUCCUACAAAGAAUAAUGUUCUCGACGCUUUGGACAAAAUCUCCAAUGAAUCCAAGCCUGGAGAUUUUGUUUAUAUCCACUACUCCGGCCAUGGAAGCCGCCAGAAAACGAAAUUCAGCGCCGAAAAGGGCGAAAACGCAUGGGACGAGUAUAUUUGUACACUGAACGGCCGUAUCAGUGACGUCGAAUUCGGCAGAGCGCUCGACGCACUCAGCGAGAAACAAUUAGUCGUGUUUGCGGUUCUGGACUGUUGUCAUUCGGGCGGCGCGACGCGUAGUAGUGGACCUGCGGACGGUGUUCGAUGUUUCAAUGAUGAUUCGGAGCUGGCUCUCGCCAAUGACGCAACUGGCUCAGGAGAACGAGGUACGGGAGAAAGGAAGACCGUACUUGUCGAAAAUACCUGGUUCAACACGCGCGGCAAUUACAAUAUCAUAGCGGCUUGUCAACCGCAUGAAGUGGCCCGUGAGACAUCGUAUGAUGAUCUUGGUGGCCUUUCCAGCGGGGUAUUGACUUAUCACUUCGUCAAGUCUUUGGAGGCACUUAGGAGCUCAGAAGAACCCAUGACUCACAACCGGCUCCCAAUUACAUACAAUCAGCUCAUGGGUAAACUGCAAGCGAUCCUAAAGGAAACCAGGACAACAUGGGACCAACAGCCCAUGCACAUGGGCGAUGGCAACAAAACUGUCUUCGGGACCGGCCGUAUCAAUGACAGGGUGUUCAACAUGUCGACGAACGUAGUUAAAGUCAAUAAGGAAUCUGUUUCCUUCAGAGAUGGGAAUGCUUCAGGCAUCAACAUUGGGGAUCGUUUCUUCAUCUACGAUCCGUCCCAAACUUCUAUGGGGCUCAUUCUCCCAGAUUCAGAUCCGGUAGCUGAAGUUGAGGUUACAAAGGCGUUUGAGUUCAGCUCCGUCGCGGGCUUAGUCAAGGGGAAGUUGCCCAAGGGUAACAUUGGGAGCUUGGGGAAGGUCAGGCCAGGAUGGCUUGCUCGGAUGUCACGAAGAGCACACGCUGCUACGGUCUACGUCGAUAUUCAAGAUCCCAAUAGUCCGAUACUCGAGGCCAUCAAAACCGCCUCAGUUAUUGAAGCCAACGCCCUCGCUCCCCUGAGUUGGACAUACCCCCCGAAAGACAACAGCACGAUUCCAGACUACGUUGUCUCUGUUGGCCAAAACACAACCUUUGAAAUCCAACACAAGGAUUAUGGGCUUCUCCCACACAUCCCGUCCAUCAAUGCCAACGGAUCUGGCCCGCGGAAACUAGUAUAUCUGCUCCAGCAUAUUUCGAUGUACCAUGCGACUAUGAAGCUGAAGCCCAAGGCUGGGAGUGUCCGGAAAGUCGAACCGAAGUAUCAUCUCAACUUCGAAGAUGUAUCUGAUGAGAUCAGUCAAGAAGGUGUUGUAUCAGCUUGGGAAAUCACUUUCACGAACAAGGAUCAAAAGGUGCUCUAUGUCACCAUCCUUGACCUUGAUUCUGCCUACGGGAUCUCGCAAACGUACCCAGAAGGCAGCGCGGCCAGUGUGGCUGUGGAUAUUGGAGGCCAUUUCACGUACCGUACCGGCAUCGCAGUUCCGGACCUUCUACAGGACGAGGUCGAUAAUCCAGAAUUCUACAUGGAAGACGUUUUCAAGGUCAUCAUCACCGAUGAACAGGCAUCAUUCAGCCACCUUGAACUGCCUGAUCUCGAGAAUCCAAAUGACCUUGGAAGCUCCGAGAGAAAGACAGUGUCACUGGCCCCGAGGCAAGCUGCCUGGUAUGUUGAGGAGAAAAUCAUCCGUUACCCGUAUUAG